AUGAUGAUGAUGAUGAUGAUGAUGAUGAUGAUGAUGAUGAUGAUGAUCGAUGAUGAUGAUGAUGAUGAUGAUGAUGAUGAUGAUGAUGAUGAUGAUGAUGCUGAGGAUGAUGAUGGUGAGGAUGAUGAUGAUGAUGGUGGUGUUGAUUAUAUUUAUGAUAAUACUGAGGUUGAUGAUGAUGAUGAUGAUGAUGAUGAUGAUGAUGAUGCUGAAUCGGAAGAGCGUCGUGUAGGGAAAGAGUGUAGAUCUCGGUGGUCGCCGUGUGUUGGUGUUUAUGUUGGCGACCAAGACAGAGAGUAA